AUUUUUUUCCCUCGGCUUUUCUCUGGUGGAGAGAGAGAGAGAGAGAGAGAGAGAGCGAUUGCUCUACGAGCUCCUCAGCUUAGAAAGAAAGGAGGGAGGGAGGAAGAAGAUAGAAGCUUCAUCCAGAUGAACGCGAUUCCAAACGGUUCUUGGGCUCUCUCACCCACGGCAUUCAAGAAGCUCGGCCCUUCCAAAACCUUCAAUUCUUUCUCUUUGAGCCAGGGAACCAAGCUACCCUACACUUCUAUCUCUGCCAGUGCCGCGGACAAUGGACAGAGUUCCUCUUCUUCUGAGGAGUCGGAAGCUGCUGAUCCCGUGAAACGAGCGUUUGAGAGAGCUAAGGCGUACAAGAAAGUGAAGGCGCAGAGGUCCGACCCGAGUACCUCCACGGUGCCUGAAAAUCUGGUCUCGAAUCAUUUGAACCAAGGGAAUAAGAAUGACGGGGACGCAUCGUCGAGUUCUGGCGAAGGUGGCGAUGGAAACGUCCCUCUCUCUGUUAAAAUCGCGAUGAAGAAGGCCAGGGAAUACGCGAAAGAGAAGGGUGGCCUAGAAAAUGGUGGUCGCAAUGGGGCGUCUAUCGACGGGAAGAAAGAACGGGAGGAAGAUACUGUUGAGGAGGGUUCUAGUGAUAAGAAGGUAGGGUCUAUAUCACGACUAGAUUUUUUGGGCCUCGACUUUGCCGAUAAGAAGAGCGGCAGGGGGCUUCCGGCAGGUUUGGUUCCGGUGGACGAUCCCUUUCCUUCAGGAGAAUUGCCUGAAGUGGAGAUAAUUGUGGGAGAUCAAAGCAAGUUUGGUAUUCCAACAGGAUCAGAGCCUCCAGCCAAGGAAGAUGAAAAUGCCGACUUAUACAAGCCUAAGGUCUCAACAUGGGGUGUCUUUCCUAGGCCAAGCAAUAUUUCAGAAACGUAUGGUGGAGGAAGAACCAUUCGUCCUGGACAGGUGCUUGAGUCUGCUGAAGAUAAAGCCGCAAAAGAAGCACAAACACGCAAAUUGCUCUCAGAAUAUAAAGUCAAAAUGGGGCUGAAUAUUGAUCCAAAAACAAAAUUAGAGUGUGAAAAGGCCUUGGAAGAUGGGAAUAGCUUGAUGGAACGUGGAAAGCUUGAAGAAGCCAUCAAUUAUUACGAGAGGAUAAUGAACAAUUUGGUCUUUCAGAUAACAAUGAGAAUGGCUGUGCAAGAACAGACCGAGCUUCACGGAUUUGCCGCUCUCCAGUGGUCUAUAUGUCAAGAUUCACUUAGUAGGUCUGACAAGGCUCGAGUUAUGUACGAGAAGCUUCAAUCUCACCCAAAUACCCAAGUGAGAAAAAUGGCAAAGCAGUUCAUGUUUGGAUUCCAGGCCAUGGAAAUGAUGAAGGUUCGUAGCUUGUCUACUUCUCCUAAAGCAACAGGCUUUCAGAACUAUUUUGAUGCAUUUGUUGAUGAUCAAUCUAACUACUCGAUUCCUAAAGAGGAAAAAGAAGAUGGUAUGAUCAUGGAGGUUGUUCCAUAUUUCAUCUUUCUUCUUACUCCUAUUGUUUUCUUGCUACUUAUUGCUGUGAGAAAAAUAGCAUGACUUGCUUCCUUGAUUUUGGAUGUACAAGUUUGUAUCAUUGAUGUAUCAUUCUUUUUUGGCUCAGUUUUCAUAAAAUGCUAUGAUCAUGGAGACUGUUCCAUAUUUCAUCUUU